AUGCCAGACUUUAGCCAUCUUGCCGGUCCUUCAGAAGAAUGGGCUUCAUACAUAGCCAAGAACCCUCUGCCCAAGGUUGACGUUAUAUCAACUGAAUUCCGUCGUGCCCACAACCCCCAACGAUAUGCAGCCAGAGAUGCAGCGAUGAAGGCUCUCGGCAACCAUCAAGUCACUUGGGAAACACGAACAAUACCGACCUCAGAUAGCCUCGAAAUCCCAAUUCGAGUCUUUCGCUCUGCCACCCAAAAGGGACACGCCUCCGUCUUAAUCUACUAUCAUGGUGGCGGAUUCCUGACGGGUUCAAUCUCGACCGAAGAUCCCUUUUGCAUAUCUUUGGCCCGGGACACAGGGUUUACAGUCAUCAGCGUCGGCUAUCGCGUGAUACCCGAGUGGAAGGCUCCUACGCAGUUUCACGAUGCCUGGGAUGCUCGCACUUGGGUGAUAAACAACGCGGCAGAUUUGGGAUUGCCACAAGGCUUUGAUCUGUACGUGGCCGGUACCAGCGCCGGCGGUUUUCUCGCAGCAAGCGUUGUGAAUAGAGAAAGAGAGAACAUAGUUGACAUCAUCUCACAGCUGGGGGAAUCAUAUAUCAAAGGCCAACUCCUCGCCGCUCCUUGGCUCUGUCUCCCAGAAAAUUUUCCCUUUGACCCCAAAGUUGGCGACAAAACUUCGCAUAUUCAGUGGCGCGACGCCGAUUUCCUGACGUACCCCCAAAUCGAGCAAUACCGUACUCUGAUGGGGGUGCCAGAUGAAUAUCGUGAUAGCUUGCUCUUGAACCCCCUUCUAUUUGAUGAAAAGAGCAGUAUCAAGGAUUUGCCUCCUACGUUGGUCAUGGUCUGUGGAGACGACCCCCUGCGAGACCACGGCUUGAUCUACGAGCAGAAGCUUGAUCGUCUCGGUGUUCCGACAAAAAUCAAUACAUAUGCAGGAUAUCCUCAUGUCUUUUGGAUAUUUCCAGAUCUUGCCAUGAGUAAGACAUGGUAUCGCGAUCUUAUAGACGGCAUUCAGUGGCUUACUGAGAAACAAGGCCAUGUUCGCAACUAG